AAUCACGGCGCGUUUCCCGCCGCCGGGGUCAGGGGUCGGGGUUCGGGUCGCGGGGCGGAGGGAAGAGCGAGCGGGCGGGCGGGAGGCGCCGGCGCCAGACGCGGAGGAAAAGAGCUACGAGUAGCCACCUAGAGGCCGCGGAGUCAGCAACGACCGAGCCAGCCGAGCCGCCGCCGCCGCGCCCCCAUGGCGGCCGCCAAGGAUACUCAUGAGGACCAUGAUACCUCCACUGAGAAUGCAGACGAGUCCAACCAUGACCCCCAGUUUGAACCAAUAGUUUCUCUUCCCGAGCAAGAAAUUAAAACGCUGGAGGAAGAUGAGGAGGAACUUUUUAAAAUGCGAGCAAAGUUGUUCCGAUUUGCUUCAGAGAAUGAUAGCCCAGAGUGGAAGGAACGAGGCACUGGUGACGUCAAGCUCCUGAAGCAUAAGGAUAAGGGGACCAUCCGCCUCCUCAUGAGGAGGGACAAGACCCUGAAGAUCUGCGCCAACCACUAUAUCACACCCAUGAUGGAGCUAAAGCCAAAUGCUGGCAGUGACCGUGCCUGGGUCUGGAAUACCCACGCUGACUUCGCCGAUGAGUAUCCCAAGCCGGAGCUGCUUGCCAUCCGCUUCCUAAAUGCUGAGAAUGCACAAAAAUUUAAAACAAAGUUUGAAGAAUGCAGGAAAGAGAUUGAAGAGAGAGAAAAAAAAGCAGGACUGGGCAAAAAUGACAAUGCGGAAAAAGUAACUGAAAAGCUAGAAGCUCUCUCUGUGAAGGAGGAGAACAAAGAGCCUGGAGAGGAGACUGAAGAGAAGUCGGAGAAGCAAUGAGUCCUCUUAACUUCUCUCCUUUUCCUUCCUUUUUCUUUUCUUUUUUAAAUUUUGCCCUCCCUCCCUUUUUUUUGGUUUUAUUUUUAAU